CUCUUCUUCUUCUGCAACGCGGCCACCGUCUAUAAAGUCUGUGCCUGGAUGCAGCUGGCAGCAGCUACCGGGCUGAUGAUCGGCUGCCUGAUCUACCCCGACGGCUGGGACUCGAGCGAGGUGAAGCGCAUGUGCGGGGACAAGACGGACAAGUACACGCUGGGCGCCUGCACCGUGCGCUGGGCGUACAUCCUCUGCAUCAUCGGCAUCCUCGACGCUCUCAUCCUCUCCUUCCUGGCCUUCGUGCUGGGCAACCGGCAGGACAACCUCCUCCCGUCUGAUUUUAAAGUGGAAAAUAAAGAUUAUAUGCAUAGAGAACCUGAUCUACCCCUAAAAACAUGCAGCAGGAUUUGCAUUAAUAAGCCCAAUCAGGCACUGGAACUGGAAAAACUCUUUUUAAGUGGAUUAAAUGACACCCAGGUUUAUGAAUGA